CUUGGCGUAGGCUUCUCUUCUUGACCACCAACAACCCCAAAAACUUGAGAGAUGGCACCCAAGAAGGCCAAGAGGAGGCAGCAGCAGGCAGAGGGUGGAUCCUCCAACGUGUUCUCCAUGUUUGAGCAGAGCCAGAUCCAGGAGUACAAGGAGGCUUUCACAAUCAUUGACCAGAACAGAGAUGGCAUCAUCAGCAAGGACGAUCUCAGGGACGUGCUGGCCACCAUGGGCCAACUGAAUGUGAAGAAUGAGGAGCUGGAGGCCAUGGUGAAGGAGGCCAGCGGCCCCAUCAACUUCACCGUGUUCCUGACCAUGUUCGGCGAGAAGCUGAAGGGUGCUGACCCCGAGGACGUUAUCAUGAGCGCUUUCAAGGUCCUGGACCCCGAAGCCACUGGCUCCAUCAAGAAGGAAGUCAUCGACGAGCUCCUGACCACCCAGUGCGACAGGUUCACCCCUGAGGAGAUGACCAACUUGUGGGCUGCUUUCCCCCCAGAUGUGGCUGGCAAUGUGGACUACAAGAACAUCUGCUACGUCAUUACACACGGAGAAGAAAAGGAGGAGUAAAAUCCGCCUCUUUCAAGAUCUCUACCUCCGGUCAAACCCAUACUCGAAUCACUACAAUACUCACUCCCUUACUCUCCAACGACGUGGCUUCCUUGCACACUUCCACGCUCCCCGGCCCGCUCUUUCCACUUGCCAGCUCACUACGAAAAGACUUGUCUCUUUUAACGAGAUACUCAGUGAGAGGACUGACGGCUGUGGGGUAGCUUGUGUGUGAGUAAACAGGAGGACAUGGGAUUAUUUUCAAUAAAGAUAAUCUUGUGACACUGAAACACUCUCGCUAUCUCUGUCCCUGCCACUUGUUCCUCCUACUUUCCCCCAUCACUCAUUCUGUCCGUCUGCGUUGAGGCCAGCAGUGCAUGCGCCAUACCUACAUGCAGCGUGUAUGCAUAUGUAGUACAGUGUAUACAGCGGCCAAUCAAAAGUCUCUUGGGCGCUGUGGUGCAUGCACAGUGACUUACUUGAAACAAGUAAAGAGGUCUGUUUGUCUCAACCUGACAGAGUGUUGCAUGGGUUUGUCCCUUUGUUUGUUAUAGAGAGGAGUGCACAGUAAAAGAGUGAGAGUACAAUACUAUAAUAGUUUGCCUACUCCCCUCUUUUUAAUCGGUCUCCCCCUCUCUAAAAUACAGGUAUGAAAGGAAAAGUUGCAGUGAAAAAUGGUAAAGCAUGUCUUGUUAAUAGAGAAAGAGAUUUUGAGAGGAUGGUGAGCCGGAGGCAGGAAAGAAAUGAACAAAAGUAAAACGUCUUUGUUUGUGACUCUUCUUCCUUCCUCUCACUGCUGUUUCUCUCCUGGUGUUGCGAUUGUGUCUGUAACAAAUAAAGAAGUACAAAUAAAAUCCAC